AGCGUUAUCUCAUGCUAACACCAUGUGCAAAGCUCGUGGUCGAAACUCUGGUUGCUGAUUGGUGCAGUGGCUGUACGAACGCUAACGGUUUUCAAACUUUUUCCACAGUCAAACUUUUCUAGAAAGAAGAAGAAACUUUGCUGGAAGAAACAUGAUUGCCUGCACUUAUGGCGGAUGAAACUAGAGACAUGGAGACAUUUUUGCGAGGUGCCAUUAAUGAGGUCUGCCCAGACCUACAGGAGGUGUCCAAAAAUAUGCUUGAAGAGAGACUGCAGACCCUGGGUAUAGAAACAGCAGAAGACUUCAAGUUUAUUCAAGAAGAAGAUGUAUCGUCUGUCUUAAGACCGAUUCAAGCUCGCAAGGCGGUGGCUUUCUGGAAGUUUAAAUACCAGGAUGAUUGUUCUGCUGAUUCACCUGGACCCUCCCAAUCUCCUCAGUCGCCUUCUACCACCUCAUCCUUCAACACUGCCCAUCAUGGCGCAGGACCAGACUGGACAGACAAAUUUAAAAUCCCAUGGAGCUCCUUUCCUGAGGCGUUAGUGCAGUGCCUGGAGAGGGGCCAAAGACCAAGGCCAGCUUUAAGAAGAGAAAUGGUCAGGAUUGUGGUGAGGCAAAUGCUGAAAGACUCUGCUUUGAUUAGUAAAAGAAACGCCAUAGAUGUAGCCCAAAAGAUAGUGGCACGAUACCCCAAAUCCUUACAGGAUGUCAUUGAGGGAGAUGUCAUUGGCGCUGGAUACCAUUCCUCGCCAAACAAAUUCAAUAUCGCUUGA